GCUCGCAAAUGUCUCCAAUGCCCGCACUCGGCUGGCCACUUCCUACUCGAGAUCCCGCAACAGUGCGGCUCCGCGGUGAAUAGAACGUCGGCCUGUAAAUCUGUAGGUUUCGGACAUGGAAACCCCCGAGAGCUCUGCUACGUUGUCGACCCACUUGGACCCUGAGGUAGACGACGAGCAUGACACUAAGGAGAGGGUGCUACUCCGUUAUUUCCUUCAGGAAUGGGCGCUAGUCAAAUCCAUCCUUGAUCGGAUCGUCGCUAAUGACGGCGCCACUAAUCCCUCAGAUGUCAACAAGAUACGCUCUAUAAUUGACAAGUAUCAAGAGCAGGGUCAGCUGCUCGAGCCUUACUUGGAGAGCAUUGUAAACCCACUAAUGUCCCUAGUGCACUCUAAAUCAAUGCAGCUGAGGGAUGGUACUUAUGAAGUUCUUGUUACCAUAAAGCCUAUAUGCAUUAUUAUAUAUUCACUGGUUACCGUUUGUGGGUACAAGCACAUUAUUCGAUUCUUUCCUCAUCAAGUUUCUGAUUUUGAGAUAGCUGCCACUCUUCUGGAGAACUGUCAUAAUGGAAAUUCACUUACAUCUUUAAGACAAGAAAGUACUGGAGAAAUGGAGACAAAAUGUGUAGCUCUCUUAUGGCUUUACAUACUUGUAUUGAUUCCUUUUGAUAUCUCAUCUGUAGACUCUAGCAUUGCAAACAGAAAUCAAUUGGGGGUUGGUGAACCAUCACCACUGGUACUCAAGAUACUUGAAAUUUCCAAGGAUCACCUAUCAAGUUCUGGUCCUAUGCGGAGGUUCGCAGGACUUGUGCUAUCAAGGUUUCUAACCCGCCCAGACAUGUCAACGGCUUUUGUAAGCUUCUUUGACUGGACGUUUGAAUUUCUGCUAUCUUGGACUGAGGAUGACAUCAACCAAUUCAGAUUACUUGGCAUCGUGGAGGCACUGGCUUCAAUAUUCAAGGUUGGGCAUCGGAAAAUUCUGCUUGAAGCAGUCGAUAAAACCUGGACCAACAUUUCCCACUUAAUGAAGUCUGCUGUGGCUGCUCGGAACACUUUGCUUCGAAAGCAUAUUAUCAAGUUAUCACAACGUAUUGGGCUUACAUGUUUGCCCCAUCGCUCCAUGGCAUGGCGCUAUAAGGCAAGCACUAGCUCACUUGGGCAAAAUAUUCUUCUGAAUGCAACUGAAACAAGUAAUCCCUGUAGCAAUGGUUUACAAGUUGUCCAUCUCACUGACAUGUCAAGUAUAGAAAUCCUUGGAGAAGACGAUAUUGAAGUUCCAGAAAUCGUAGAAGAGAUAGUUGAACUACUACUCUCAGGUUUGAGAGAUUCGGACACUGUCGUGCGAUGGUCUGCUGCCAAAGGUAUUGGCCGAAUUACUGCAUGCUUAACAUCUACACUCGCAGAGGAAGUGUUGUCUUCCAUAUUAGAGCUAUUUUCCCCUGGUGAGGGAGAUGGAUCAUGGCAUGGAGGUUGCUUGGCUUUAGCGGAAUUUGGUCGAAGAGGUUUAUUGCUGCCGGUUAGCUUUCCUAAAGUAGUUCCUUUAAUAAUAAAGGCCUUGCAUUAUGAUAUCAGAAGAGGUCCACAUAGCAUUGGUUCGCAUGUACGUGAUGCUGCUGCAUAUGUUUGUUGGGCAUUUGGUCGGGCAUACAAUUACUCAGAUAUGAGGGAUAUUCUAGAGCAGCUUGUCCCACAUCUUCUAACAGUUGCUUGUUAUGACCGUGAGGUUAACUGUAGAAGAGCUGCUUCAGCUGCUGUUCAAGAAAAUAUUGGGAGGCAGGGCGACUUUCCCCAUGGCAUUGACAUUGUCAGCUCAGCAGACUAUUUCUCUCUUGCCUCCCGAGCAAAUUCUUACCUUAAUAUUGCUGUCAAGAUGGCACAAUAUAAGGAAUAUCUAUAUUCUUUUGCUGAAGAGUUGCUAAGCCGCAAAAUAUUUCAUUGGGUAUUUUGUUUUAUGCUUUUUUCAAGUUACCAUAUUUCAUUUGCAAUUAACCUUUAAGGAACAUAACUGGACCUAACAGUUAAACACUCAUAUUACUUGUAUUCAAAACCUAACUUUCGUGCUAUGAACAAGCUCUGGUGGUUUACAAAAGUUUCUUAGCAUAUUAAGAUCAUUCUAAAAGAAUUAUGUACAUUAUAAACUUAAAAGAUCAAUUUAAUUGAAGAAGUGUCUAUAUAUAUUUAU